GGUUUAAUACUUCGCCGUUCGUGUAAGUUACAUGUUGUUCGCGGGAUUUCUAUAUUAUACUGAAGGGAACAAGCUUUCGAAAUGAAAAGGACUACAUUUUAGCUUUACUUCCAGUAAAAAUUGAAAAGAACAUUCAACGCUAGAUUAAUAGUCGCGAAUAAUGAUCAUAACGUAAUACAGUUUGUAGUGAUUGCCAAAUUAAGGAAACUCCACACGAAGAAUCAGUGCUUGUGGAUAUAGAUAUAUAGUCUGAUACACUAUUUUUAGAGAAAAAUGAAAACAUGCGGAUCUUGACCUACAGUGCUGACCGUCACAAAGAAUCAUACUAUUUCUAUUUCAGUCGGCGGAGAAUCCAAGCAAGAAAAAUCUAUUUCGUAAUUGUUUCAAUGGUGAUCUAGCACAACGAGCCGAGCAUAAACCACUACCUUCAAUGAACACGACGGAACAGUGUGUAAAAUCGUGAUUGAAAAUCUCGUAGAUCACCUUGUCGGGAAAACGCGCAAUAAGUGACAAAGCAAAAUUCUAGUGUUUUCAUAAUAUUCGAGCCACAGUUUGGGAAUUAAUCAGUGUAUACUAUACGAGUAAACAACGAAAAUAAACAAAAUUAAUGGGGUGAAAAAGGAAUGUUGGUGUGCAUAAAUCGAUUUUAGUACUGUGUCACUGAACAGACAGCGAUAGGUAAAUUAUCUACGAUUUACAAAUCAAGCGAAAUAAUCUGCACGAAAUAAAGCAAAAUGCCGACUCUCCUAGAAGCCUUGGAAGAAAAAUAUGGUUUAUCAGACCAGAAGAACAAAUUGGACGAAGAGCUUGUAUCGAUAUUUGUUCCGAAAUUACCUGCUAGAGUGAGCGUGCCAGAUCUUUUGAUACUUAAUGACUGCAACAUCGACAAAGCUGGGAAACCGGAGGACCUACGUCAAAAGUGCAAUACUGUCAAAGAGCUAGACUUAGCUCAAAAUAAAUUGGAAAGAUGGGAUGAGGUUUUUGGAAUUUUGUCACACAUGCCGAGGGUAGAAUUUGUCAAUCUUAGUUUGAACCAGUUGGGAGGACCGAUCGAAGUUCCACAGCCUUGCAGAAUGGAUCGACUUCGAAGUUUAGUGUUGAAUAACACAAAACUAGAAUGGUACGGAGUUGAGACUCUGUUGCAAUUACUACCGGUUCUCGAGGAGCUUCACUUGAGUCUGAAUGAGUAUACACACGUGCUCAUCGACACAAUAGUGGAAGAUGAGAGCUCUGAACCCGAUGACGACAGCUCGCUCGUACAUUCGGAGCCUCAACAACAAGUACAGCCUAGUCGGGGACAAAAACGUACUUUUUCCGGAAGUUUUGUAUGCAAAAGGGCUGAUGCCCAUCUUGGUGUGAAAAAACUUCAUCUGACAGGGAACCGUAUCAGCAUGUGGAGCGAAAUUUGUCGGGUUGGACGAUUGUUUCCGAAUUUAGAAGCGUUAGUACUGGCAGAUUGUCCGUUGAAGUCUCUCUGCCCAUCUGAUGAUAGCAAUGAACAGCCAUCGCCUGUCUUCCCAACGUCUUCCCAAACAUCGAACGUAGACAGCCAUGAGUAUUUCAGAAAACUUGCCUUGUUGAAUUUAAGUAACGCUAAAAUCGAUUCAUGGGACGAUAUCGAUAGAUUAGCACACUUUCCGAGUUUAAAAAAUAUCCGCGUACAGUGCUGGCCUUUGUGGGAAAAGUGUGAUUCGACCGAACACGAACGACGACAGUUGUUGAUAGCGCGUCUGCCCAAAAUCGAAAUACUUAACGGAGGUGACGUCAUUGGUCCCGUUGAACGCGAAGACGCAGAACGGUCUUUCAUUCGAUACUAUCUUGAUAAACCCGAGAGCGAUCGACCAGAGAGAUACUUCGAGUUGAUUGCUGUUCACGGGAAAUUAGACCCGUUGGUGAAUAUUGAUCUGAGACCCGAGAGGAAAGUGAAAAUAACGUUUACCUAUGGAGACUCUAGUGAAGAGAGGACAGUAGAUGUGUACCGGACUGUGGUUGAUCUUAAGUCUCGUCUUGAGAGAAUCGUUGGGCUUCCUGCAUCAAAAAUGCGUCUGUUUUAUGUCGAUCAAGAUUUACGGGACUUACAAGGACUCGAAGAGAUGAAAUACCCCCACAAACGGCUAUACAGCUACAACAUUCGUUCCGGUGACGAAAUAAUAAUCGACCAGAAGCAAUAAAAUAUUUGUUUUGUGAAAAUUCGACUGCCAUUAUUCUCAGUAUCGAAAUGUUGAUUUUGGAGCAGCUGCAAUGUAUAACAUCAAUAUUUUAUUUGUAAUCGUCGAUACGUAUUCAAAUGUGGCAGUGCACAAAUUCAGCCGUACUAACUCUAUAACAAACUAAAUGUGAAAGACAAGACCAGCUUGUCAAUUAUUGGCUGCUACCGGUAGCUCAUAAGCAAACAAAAAAAAUAACAAACUUUAUAUAUAAAAAUAAUUGGAUCUGAGAGAUCGAAAAUUGUGAGUAAUAUACCUAAAGAGAAAAUUAAAAGUAAAAAUUUGAA